AAAAAAUUUGUCUUAUAACCAAAUGAAAAACUCUGCUUCAAUAGCUCGUCUGGAAGAACUCGGAUUGUGCAAAAAAGUGGAGAAUACAGACGGGACUGUAUGUUUCAUAAAGGAUCAACAAUUGGAUGCGAGCUGUGCCUGCUCUACAUUACAACAUAGCUGUUUAUUGGACGUGGAUUCUGAACCAGGUCAAAUCAGGAAAACUGGCAUUAUUUGCACAAUUGGACCUGCUUCCAGGGAAAUUAAUACAUUAGUGGGAAUGCUCGAAGCAGGAAUGAAUAUGGCACGCCUGAAUUUCUCUCAUGGAACCCACAAGGCAUGUGGGGCCACUGAAAUUCAAUUGGUGGCCGGAGCGAAUGUGAAAAUCACCUCAGAUCCGAAAUGGCGGACAAAAUGUUCUCCAAGUGUGAUCUACGUGGACUAUGCCAAUAUUAGUACGACUGUCGCCCCCAACAAGCAUAUUUAUAUUGACGAUGGACUUGUCAGUCUCACCGUGCUGAGCAAGGGUUGGAUUAUUUGUGCGUAUCUGAUAGAUGGGGACUCUCUGUUGUGUGUUGUCGAUAAUGGUGGGACUUUGGGUUCUCAAAAAGGAGUCAAUUUGCCCAAAACGAACGUCGACUUGCCAGCAGUGUCGGAAAAGGACAAGGAAGACUUGCUCCUGGGGGUGGAGAUGAACGUGGACAUGGUUUUUGCCUCCUUUAUUCGUUCUGCUGCUCACGUUCGAGCAAUACGAGAUAUUUUGGGUGCUGAGGGGCAGGAAAUCAAGAUUAUCUCCAAAAUCGAAAACUAUGAAGGAAUUGUCAAGUAUUGGGGGAUUGGGAUGGCGUAG